AUGACGCUGCUCAAGACACUUUUCUUGUUUUUCAAUCUCGUUGUAGGACUGCAAGCUGCCUCGGGGAUCGAGUACACUGACACCGGCAUCGUUAUUGUCGGUACGACAGAACUUCUGGGCGUCAACGUGACGGCCGGAACUUCUCACAAAGAUCUCAUCUCGUACGAGUUCGCGUCUUAUAUCGCCGUCCAUUUCGCCGGCUUUAACCUGCCGGAAGGAGAUUCGGUGGUCAUCAGCUCCCCGGACGUGAAUGUCGCGGUGUCACACACGUAUACCGGUCGGGGACGACAACAGACCGGAACGUUCAUCGCCAGUUUCGUGCCGGGUAAUUCCGUCACCGUCACGUACACGUCUGUCGGACCGGCCUCUGCCGGUCAGGGAUACCGCAUCACGGGAUUCUCUCGUGGUUACCCGACGAUGCAUCACGAGUCGGUUUGUGGCGAUGGAGAUCAGUCGCUUCCGGCAAAAUGCUACGCGCCCGGCACCAACCUGUCCGAACAUCUACCUGAUGCGUAUACAAAAGCUCAAGCUGUCGCCCGUCUACUGGUCAACGGCACGUACCUGUGCACCGGUUGGCUUGGUGGCAGUGAAGGACACUUGUUCACGAACCACCACUGCUUUGAGCAAGAAGACUGGGUGCUCACGACCGACAUUGAGUUCGCUGCUGAGAGCUCGUCGUGUAGUGAACAGUGUGAGACACAGCUCGGCUGUCCCGGAACGCUCGUAGCCACGGCAUCGACCCUUAUCGCCGACAGUGAAGACAUCGACUACUCGGUCGUGCAGUUACCGGACUGCGUCGAUCUCUCUCCGUACGGAUAUCUGCAAAUGCGUGAGUCUGGCCCGGUAGUAAACGACGCAUCGUGA